GCUUCAAGGGCAAGUAAAAGGUUGGUGUACAUGGAAAACAAAACCAGUAACUCAAAAUGGAAAGAAAGACAACUUUGAAAUGGUUAUUUUGUUAACUCUUCUGUUUCUUGAGUAAUGCCUCUGUAGCUGACUCUUCUACCUCCACUAGAAAUGAAUACAUGAGAUGUUUUGGAGGAGAUGGAAAUGGGUUAUACCUUCUCUGUCCUGGGUGUGUUGAUCUCCGGUGGGGAAGAGCAAACGUUUGCUCUUUCUUCCCCUCCAAGAAAACAACACUUUAACUGAGAUUCCAGCAUCGUGAUAGCCACACUGAACUACAAUGCAAGCACAUGAGUUGUUUAGACACCUACGAAUGCCAGAACUUGGGGAUGUCAGACAGUAUGUGCGCACUCUUCCGACAAAUACGCUGAUGGGCUUCGGUGCUUUCGCAGCUCUCACGACCUACUGGUAUGCAACAAGACCGAAAGCACUAAAACCACCAUGUGAUUUAGCAAUGCAGUCUGUGGAAGUAGAGGGUGGUGAGCAUGCUCGAAGGUCCUCUCUUCUUAACAGCGAUGAACUGUUGAUUUACUACUAUGAUGAUGUGAGAACAGCUUAUGAUAUCUUCCAGAGGGGUGUGCAAGUAUCAAAUAAUGGUCCAUGUCUAGGUGUUAGAAAACCAAACCAGCCGUAUGAGUGGAUCUCCUAUAAAGAGGUUUCAGACAGAGCUGAGUGUGUGGGCUCUGCAUUACUCCACCGAGGCUUCAAGCCAUCUCAUGUUCAAUAUAUAGGAAUCUUUUCACAAAACAGACCUGAGUGGGUUAUUAUUGAACAGGGAUGCUACGCAUUCUCCAUGGUGGUGGUGCCACUAUAUGAUACACUGGGAACUGAAGCAAUUACUUACAUAGUGAACAAAGCUGACUUGUCACUGGUUUUCUGUGACAAACCUGACAAGGCCAAACUUCUGCUAACAAAUGUGGAAAAAGGGGAGACUCCAGUACUCAACACCAUUGUUAUCAUGGAGUCUUUUGGCAUGGAUCUUGUGGAACGUGGCAAAAAGUGUGGGGUGGAAGUCUUCAGCAUGAGAGAACUAGAGGAGCUGGGAAGAUCACACAGGCAAGAACCUAUGCCUCCAAAGCCAGAAGAUCUAGCAGUCAUCUGUUUCACCAGUGGAACAACAGGAGACCCCAAAGGAGCUAUGAUCACUCAUCAAAACAUAGUCAGCAAUGCUUCAGCUUUUGUGAAAACUACAGAGAAAACAUUUAUGCCUUCCUCUGAUGACGUUCUGAUAUCAUUCCUGCCCUUGGCUCAUAUGUUUGAGAGAAUCGUUGAGUGUGUGGUUCUGUGCCAUGGAGCUCGGAUAGGAUUCUUUCAAGGGGAUAUCAGACUACUUAUGGACGACCUAAAAACACUGCAGCCAACUAUAUUUCCUGUAGUACCAAGACUCCUGAACAGAAUGUUUGACAAGAUUUUUGGACAGGCAGAUACUUCAUUAAAGAGAUGGAUGCUGGAUUUUGCUUCCAAGAGGAAAGAAGCAGAACUCAGAAGUGGUAUAGUUAGAAAUAACAGUUUCUGGGAUAAAGUCAUCUUCCGCAAAAUACAGGCAAGUUUGGGAGGAAAAGUAAGGCUGAUGGUUACAGGAGCAGCACCUGUAUCUGCAAGUGUACUUACCUUCCUGAGAACAGCUCUUGGCUGUCAGUUCUAUGAAGGUUAUGGACAGACUGAAUGCACAGCUGGAUGCUCACUGUCAUUACCUGGUGACUGGACAGCAGGUCACGUUGGAGCACCCAUGCCAUGCAGUAUCAUCAAGCUUGUUGAUGUACAAGAAAUGAAUUACUUGGCUGCCAAAGGAGAGGGUGAGGUGUGUGUAAAAGGGCCAAAUGUAUUUCGGGGCUAUUUGAAAGAUCCAGAAAAAACAGCAGAAGCUCUGGACAAAGAUGGCUGGCUUCAUACAGGAGAUAUUGGGAAAUGGCUACCAAAUGGUACAUUGAAGAUCAUUGACCGGAAAAAACACAUAUUUAAACUAGCCCAGGGAGAGUACAUUGCACCAGAGAAAAUAGAAAAUGUGUAUUUGAGAUGUGAAGCACUUGCUCAGGUGUUUGUCCAUGGAGAGAGCUUGCAGGCCUUCUUAGUAGCUGUUGUGGUACCUGAUCCUGAGACUUUGCGGAGCUGGGCCAAGAAAAAGGGGUAUGAAGGCUCAUAUGAAGAGCUAUGCAGAAACAAGGACCUCAAAAAACACAUCCUGGAAGACAUGGUGAGGAUUGGGAAAGAAUCUGGUUUAAAGUCAUUUGAACAGGUCAAAGACAUUGUCAUGCACACUGAAAUGUUUUCUAUUGAAAACGGCCUGCUGACGCCAACACUGAAGGCGAAGAGACCAGAACUGCGAAAAUAUUUCCAGUCACAGAUAGAUGAACUCUAUGCUAAUGCCAAAAUGUAACUGAGUGGAAUGAGGAAAGUGGCACACGUCUGAUGUCUACUGUUGGCCUUCAUAUCUGUAAUUUUGACUACAGCAAACAUAGGGAAGGAAACUGUGCAAUCAUUAACUUGUACAAAAAUGGGUACUUGCCAUAGGAACACUGAAGAAAUGGAACACUGCCUUACUGUCAAGUUGUGUUGCAUACUGUUUUUAUGGUGACCUACAAUUUCCAAAAAGAGCCUUAACUAUAAAUGGUAACUAUAUGUAAGUUAUUUAAGACUUCCUUGGCCAAAAAUGGGACUCUCCUUCAACAAGGAGCUAAGGUUUUCUUAUUGUCAGCAUGUUUGCUGUCUGCAGUGUUAUUUCUGCAGCUGUCAGUUCCACAAAGGAUUUGGCAGGUUUGAAAAUGCCUCUAAGUAGCUUGCGUCCUCAGAAGGAUUACUUAAUCUGUUCAAAAAAACCCAAACCAACCCCCACCCC